AUGGCUUCUUCUGAUCCAAUAAGGAAAUUCGGAAAGCAGAUCCAACGCCAUCAAUUGGAUCUGCCCGAAUAUGCGGCCAGUUUCGUCAACUACAAGGCACUAAAGAAGCUCAUCAAACAACUCAGUGCGACACCUACCAUCACUGCGCGCGGCGAGUCAACUACUUCAGACAUUCAAGCUGCCCUCAGGGCGAACAAGGAAGUAUUCUUCUUUCGUUUGGAACGUGAGAUAGAAAAGGUCAAUGUUUUCUAUAUCCAGAAGGAAGCGGAAUUUUCCUUGCGACUGAAAACAUUACUGGACAAGAAACGUGUUAUCCAGGCCCGAAUUGCAUCCAGCGCAAAACUCUCCGCCAACUUUGUGACAUUGGUGGAAGGCUUCCAGCAGUUUGACAACGAUCUCAACAAGCUCCAGCAAUUUGUUGAGGUGAAUGAGAUAGCAAUUUCUAAAAUCUUGAAGAAGUGGGACAAAACAUCAAAGUCAAGAACAAAAGAAAUAUAUCUGCAGAGAGCCGUUGAGGUUCAGCCGUGUUUCAAUCGUGAUGUCUUACGGGAUCUUGCAGACCGCGCCACAACCGCUAGACUCAACCUAGAAGCACUUGCUGAGGGUGACAACAUCCAGUACGAGUCAUCUGUGCCUUCAGAUCGCGCCAUUGGACAACGUGUCGGCACCGAAGAGAGUGACAUAGACCUUCAAAUACUCCAGGCAUCUGCCGCUGGAAAUCUUGGUCCAUUGCGAGAGUGGUUUACGCGGCUGAGCACCGGAGCUGAUGCCAGUGAGCGUUUCACGAGAAUAUUUCUGGCAACAAUCAGCGAAGCCCCUGAUGAGUCUCUGCAGGUCUUUCUCGAUUCUGAACUGGUUGACGUUCAUGCGGAAGACGACAUUAAUGAGCGAAAUUGUCUUCAUGAAGCCACUAUUUAUGGCAAAGACCUUGUGCUCAAGCAUGCUUUGACUCGUGGCGUUGAUGUAACACGAUUAGAUGCCUACGGUCGGGUUCCACUACACUAUGCCUCCUUGCGAGGUAGGGAGGGUAUGGUGCGCAGACUUCUAGAGGCUGACCCCGGAACUAUCGACCUCAAAGACCACGACAACUUCACGCCACUAAUUCACAGCAUUGUGCGUCAUCGCAUCGAUUGUGUUCGAUUGCUCUUGGCCAACAAUGCCAGAAUUGACCCACAAUCCGAUGCUGACCACAUACCUCUAAAUCUUGCUUGCCAGCAUGAAUCAAUUGAAGUUGCGACCUUGUUGCUCGAACGGACUGCAAAACUACUCCCAGAUGCGGAAGGUCUUUUCCCACAGCACCUAGUGGCUCGUUCAAGCCAUACUGCAGAUCUACUGCUCCUUCUGAGUAGACAUGGGGCCGAUCUCAAUCAACGUGAUAAGCUCUAUCAGUGGACUCCGCUUUUCCAUGCGGCGAGUGAGGGCAGAGUCAACUGCCUAAGGAUGUUAUUGGAGAGUGGUGCUGAUCCCGACGCUCUUGAUGAAAAAGGUCUUACUGCCAUGUACUAUGCUGCCUGGGAAGGUCAUCUCGAAUGCAUGGAUCUCUUAUGGGAGCGAAGCCAUCGACACACCGAAAGAAGAUCCUCAUCAAGGUUGGGGGCUGUGCUGCCUCCUCGCAACCAGUUGGGUGCGAUGGAGAUCACCCCGGAGGAACCAGCUAUGAACUUGGAGGGCGAUGGGAUUCCAGAUCUAUCCUUGCCACCGCCAAUCAUUCCUUUGCGUCGGUACGGGCACAACUUCCUGGACACGAAGUGUUUCAUCGCGAUCAACUUCGAUCAAGGUGGAAAAGCGAUUCAAUUCUUCAACGAGGCUCGUUAUCCUGCUGCUAGGCUAACUAUUUCAUCCAAGACCUCGGAGCUUAUCCCACGCAACUUGAUGCUCCCGAUCCAAGAAGAUUCCCGAUCCGUCUACUUCCAGAUCGACAAUCUCAGCACUUUUUCUGUGGACUUUGAGAUUUUCCCUACGUUCGGCUCCAAGGUUAUCGCCAAAUCUGUUGCACUUCCGGAUGUCUUUCAAGCAGUGCAGAGUAGCUCUGGAAAUUGCUGUCUUCCUCUAUUUGACCCUCGGCUGCGCCCAGUCGGACAGAUUAACUUCAGUUUCCAGGUCAUCAAACCCUAUACAGGCACUCCGCUUGAAAUCACGCAGUUUGCCACGUACUGGAAGGCAACAAGUGCUUUGGACGAUCAGAGCGGCUUGAUAACUGGGUCAAGUCUCUCUGGCGACUAUGUGAGACUGGUCGUUCAGCUCACUCGUGAUGGAAUACCUGUCACCCAUCCAUCUUAUUUCAUAUCUUACAAUCACCUCGAAGUGUCCCUAUGUCAAUUGAAAUAUGCGACCCUCACCAAGCUUCGCCUUACAGGUUCUUUGUCACCCAGCCAAGCCACCGACCCGUUAGCGACAUUGGAAUGGCGCAAGAGACUUACAGGGUCAGUAUUUAGCCUACGCGAAGUUCUUGCUGUGGUCCCGCCACACAUCAACCUCAACUUGCACAUCCUAUAUCCAUCUAAUUCUGAAGACAUAAACCUGGGAGUUUAUUCAAACAUCGACGUCAACACGUUCGCGGACACAAUCCUGACAGAGGUUUUUGACCAUGCCCGGUCUUUACGAUCACGCGCUUCAGACUUGUCAAGAUCAAUCGUUUUCAGCUCUCUCAACCCCAACAUAUGCACAGCACUGAAUUGGAAACAACCUAAUUUCCCGGUUUUGCUGUGUAAUGACUUGGGUCGUCUUGCCAAUACGUCUGGCCCUCUGGAUUCCGUCAGCCCCAGGCCAUCAAUCAAAGAAUCGGCCAGGCUGUCUACUGAUAACAACUUCAUGGGUAUGACAUGCUCAGCCCGCAUACUCGAAAUGGUCCCAGCGCUGGUUGACACUGUCAGACAAGCUGGUUUAGUGCUAGUCUCAGAUGCCUCGGAUGACGCAGGUUUCACGCUGCCAUCUACCUCGCCUCAGACCAGGGCAGAUACUGGCUGGUCAAUGGUGCCAGAAGGUAUCAACGGGAUAAUGAAAGGAAAUGGGAUUCUACGAUUCAACGAGACGAUUGACAUGUAA